AUGUGUGACAACGACCAGGCUGAUCUCAAGGCAGUUGUGAAACGUAGGAGGUUAGGAGAGAGCCCUAUUAGGGAUAAUUUGUCCCUAUUACCUGCUGAAUUGAAGUCACAACUUUUCUUCGAAAUUUCGGACCGAGAAACGCUUUUGAAUCUUUCUCUAGUAUCCAAGGUGUUUAGAGCUGUUUUUGAUGGGAGAAAGAAGGAGUUUUUCUUCUCCGCCUACGCUAAAGAGUUUAGAAACGGAGAGCUUACGUAUGAGGAUGCAGCUACAGCCAUCACUAAAUAUAUAAAAGGAGAACCAAAAGCAGCUCUAAUGCUUUUUGAAGCUACUUGGAAAGGCCUCUUCUAUAUAUCUAAAGAAGAGGCUAAGCUUUUCGAAAAAGUUCUUCGCCGCAAAUUAGCUACACAAGACUACGACACAUUGCUUUUGUCACUAUAUAAUAUAUACGACCAGAGUAUUCUGGAAACUUCAUGGGGGGCCUGGGCAGGUGCACUUGGAGCAGCCGAACACUUAAGAAAUCACUCUGAUAAAGGAGAAAUCCUUAGCAUAAGGAUGGAGCCAUGGAUACUACGCCAAUUCGCUUCAAGACAGCAAGAACUGAUAGGCCGGGGCGUGUUACAACUCCAGGAGGAACCUGCGAUCUCUGUAUUAAUGGAAUUACGACGCUACCAUGAAAUACAGCGGCGUCGUGAGGAGGAGAGGCAUCUAGAAUGGAAGCAUCUUGAAAGGAAGAAGAAGCACAUCAACAACCAAGCUGAGGUGCUUAAGACCAUAGUCCAUCUUGACUUCAAGGCCAUCCGGUACUAUGAUCGGGUUGAUAUGUUCCGACUAAUAGCAGAUUUUAUGGUCCUCGAGAACCAAGUCAGCCCUGGGCGCCAUGCUGAUUUCCAUGGCGGGGUGCAGCGCAUAUGCGAUCCCUCAACAUGCCGUCAUACUGCAGACGCCGACGAUUUAUUCCGCGUACUUGAAGAGAUCUGCACUGAGCUUAUUUUAAAGAAUGACGAUGACAACGCUUACUGUGCAAUAAGUGUAUUCGAGCGUAUGCCACCGUACUAUAAACACAUUGCUAAAGAACGACACAGAAGGGUUCGACGUAUGUUCAUUGUUAGGUGGGGGGACUUAUUUGACGAGAGCGAUGAGAGCGAGGACGAGAGCAAUGACAAGAGCAAGGACGAGAGCAAGGACGAGAGCAAGGACGAGAGCAAGGACGAGAGCAAGGACGAGAGCAAAGACGAGAGCGAUGCAUGGACGACAAGGACGAGCGAGAACGAGUACGCGGACCUUUGA